AACAACAUCUAGCUCUCAGCUUCUUUGCCUGAAGAAGAUCCACUGAUAGUGGAACGAAACGUAGCAGUACUUUUAAUUGGUUUUAAUUCAAAAAUUUUGCAAUCAAUGUUCUCUGUGUUUUAUCAAGUUCUCCAAGUAUUAAAUUUUCAUCGUCAGAAGUAUUGCUAGCCUUUUCUUAUAUUUAUGUAUUUGAGGAAAAGCAUAAAUGUUCGUAUAAUUAACACAGCAUAGCUUUAUAGAUAACAAUAUCAGCGUAGAAAUGAUGCAGAUACUCCCAUCAAGUUGUGGAACUAAACACACGCACUCCAUCGAAGACAUCUUGGGUCUAGCGGGAUCAAAUGAUACAUCUGAGGACCAAAAGACACUUGUGAGUAAGAUGUCAGAACAUUCCAAACAAAACCUGGAUUUGGCUGAUAAAGAAAAGCACAAUAAUCAUCAUCGGAGGAAAGAUAAUUCCGACGAAGUCGAGUUUGACUCCAACAUUCACGCAGAGUACAACGACAGCAAUGCAGGCAAGGAAAAAAAGAAAAAGUACCGACGGAAUCGUACAAUAUUUUCAACGUUUCAACUUUGCGAACUUGAGAGAUCCUUCAUGAAGUCUCACUACCUAGAUGCAUACAUGCGGGAAGAAUUAGCAGCAAGACUUUGUCUUCCAAAGCUCAGAGUUCAGUUAUCGCACAAAAACAUACCAUCAGAGACAGACCUUAAGCAAAACGUGGAAAGUGAAGAUGAUGUUGGGCGACAAGAUCCUAUGCUCGUUCGACCUCAACAGGGACUGCGGUGUAUGCGGCAAGCCUUCCGUGCUCUGGUGGAGGAUCCUGAGAGAGGACUGUAA